AUGUAUCAGUCUAUUGUCUAUUCAAUGACAAAAGGGUUCAUCAGAUUCUUCACUCUCGGUCUUGGAUCAGAGGCUGAGAAAAAUCUCGACAUCUUCCUUGUCAGUCCAGGAUUUGUCUCAACCUACAUGUGAGAUUUUAGAAAAGAAGCAGACACAAUUUCUCCAGAAACUUGUGUUUCAAACGCUGUGAGAGCGUUAGGACAGCUUGAACAAACCGAAACAUCGAUGAUGUGCAGAUUUUUAUCUAGAUAUCUUUUCGAGAGCAUCUGGUACCUCAGCGACGAAAUAACCAGAGCUAUCUUCAACAAGUACUUCUACUUAGAGGAAAAUCAGAAGAUGGUGAAGAAGAUGAGACAGAGGGAGAUAGACAACUAUGGUGAAGAUUAGUUCUAACUUACUUCUCAAUAUCCACUGAAAUCUUG